AUGCUCGCGGAGAUAGCAUCCUACCUGUCCAGAUCAGAAGCGAUCAGCACGACUGGUGCUUUGAUUCUGGUUACCGUGUUUCUUUCCCUUCUGUCUCCAUCCCCAAAGACGACUCUCCCUCUGAUCAAUCGGAGAAAAUGGUUCGAGGUUGGAUACACCCAGGCCGGAAAGCGAUAUGCGAAGGACGCAUGCAGGCUGAUCCAAGCCGGCCUAGCCAAGAGCCCGGUCUUUGCCAUUAUCACCGACAACGGCCCCAGGACGGUCCUGGCGUCUGAGUAUGCCACCGAGAUCCGCAGCCACCCUGCCUUGAGUACUACUGGCCAGAUAGAAAAGGAUUUCCACACUCAUAUCCCGGCAUUUGAACCAUUUCAGCAAAUCACGAACGAGCAUCGUUUCGUUAUCACUCCUGUAUAUAAACAGCUGACGCAUAAUCUUGCGGCUAUGACGCAGCGGUUAGUUGAUCAAGCAUCCAGCACGCUACAGAGAGAAUGGACAGACGAUCCUGAUUGGCACGAGUUCACCCUCAGGCCAAGCAUCCUGAGCUUGAUUUCUCAGUUGUCGGCCAGAAUCUUAAUGGGUGAGAAGCUGUGUGGUAACCCAGACUGGCUUCGCAUCACCACGUCGUAUGGGGCUCACGUGUUCCGUGCCACUUGGGAUCUCAAUCUGUGGCCUGCGUUCGUCCGUCCGUGGGUGGCUCGCUUCCUGCCCUCGUGCCGGACGACCCGACAGUUGAUCCGCACAGCCAGAGAGAUCAUCACCCCCAUCUAUCGGGAGAGACGGAUGGCCACGGAGGCAGCCAUCCAGGCAGGCCAGGAGCCAGAGCAGUACGAUGAUGCGAUGCAGUGGAUGGAAGAAUGUGCCAACGGCCGUCCGUACGACCCGGCGAUUGCACAACUCGGCUUCGCCUUUGCUGCGAUCGGCACCACCACGGACAUGCUAACCCAAGUUCUUCUGGAUCUCUGCAACCGCCCCGAGACUGUUGCGGCGCUCCGGCAGGAGAUCAUCACCGUCGUGCAGCAGGAAGGAUGGACCAAAGCAGCCAUGGACCAUCUGAACCUCAUGGACAGUGUGCUCAAGGAGAGCCAACGGCUGAAGCCCUUGCUGAUCGCCACCAUGGCACGCCUCGUCACGGAGGAUGUCCAGCUUUCCAAUGGAACCGUCCUCUCCAAGGGCACCAGCGUUCUCGUCUCCGGGCAACGAAUGUGGGAUCCAACCGUCUAUCCCGAUCCAGAAACAUUCGAUCCCUACCGAUUCCUCAAGCGACGGCAGAUCCCGGGCUAUGAGACAUCUUCCCUGGCCGUGUCGCCAUCUCCAGAGCAUCUGGGAUUCAGCUUUGGGAACCAUGCCUGUCCCGGACGCUUCUUUGCGAUCCACGAGGUCAAGAUUGCCCUGUGCCAGAUUCUGCUGAAGUACGACCUGAAGUUGGCACCAGGCUGUCAGCCACAGUUUUUCGAGCAAGCCGUGACUCGGAUUGCGUCUCCAACGGCCAGAAUCAGAGUGAGGAGGAGAAAGGAAGAUGUUUCUAUCUAG